ACACAAUGUGCUGCCGCCACUGGGAGGGCGGACGGAUGCAAUGCAGAACACACACCACACCACGCACCAAACACAUCGAGACAGAGCACAAGCUGUCUCCAGACGACAACAACAGAGAACGCAGCAGCCCCUGUAGUAACAGAAAGAAGAGUCCACCAGAAGAACCCCUCUCACUCCUCUCCUCUCCCUAGGACCGCAGCUCUGAAAUGGGCUGCUCCUCGGGACGCCAACCCCCGGCCCCGGUGCUUCAACCAGACCUGGACUGUGGCAGCAGCAUACCUUCGGAGUCUCCCCAUAGAGGGGACCUGGUCCAACCCCCAGAGUCUCUCUCCACACUAGAACGACUAGCUCAGGCCACUGGCGGCACGGAGAAGUCUUGGUACCGCUGUGUGUUCCCAUUUGGGGUGAUCUCCCUGGUGAUUGGUGUGGCGGGGACAGGGGUCACCUUCAUGUAUAACACGCCAGACCUGCACCAGACCAAGGUGGUGUCCAUGGUGUUGCUGGUGGUUGGGAUGAUCAUGCUGUUGAUGGCGGCAGUCUGCUGGAGGGACCACAGGCUGAAGAGAAGGAAGAAGAAGGAGGGAGGGUUCUUCUGCUCUGAACAGGGCACAUUGUGAGGUUUGGAGGAGGAAGAGAAAUGUAUGGAACAGAGACACAGACAGAUGAAAGGAUGCAUGGAUGGAAAGGUAGAAAAUCUGUGAGGUCCAAACCGAUCAACCUGCCACAUGCAUCAGCAAGACGCUAGAUUUCAGGGUGGUGGAGAGGGUUGAGAGUUCCUAUAUCUUCUUUCUCUUGUUUGGAAAUAUAACCUCCUCCUUCUUUACUUUUUUUACCAGCCCCCAUGUCUCUGAGGAGGAUUACUUUUUGGCCCAGCAUUUGUGUCCUCACUUUUCAUUCAUAGUGAUUUACGAAUUUCUGCUUUCCCCUUCAGUUGGCUUCGCAGUUUCCUAAAAAUGAGGACAUCACUGGAUCUGCCACAGAAUGGGCUGAGAUGUUAAAUUUUUACCAGUGGUUCCUGUUGCUGCCGUGUCAGUAAUAAAUUGUGAUGAAUUGACUUGCGUGUGUGUGUAACCGAUGUGAAAUGGCUAGCUAGUUAGCGGUGGUGCGUGCUAAUAGCGUUUCAAUCGGUGACUUCACUUGCUUUGAGACCUUGAAGUAGUAGUUUCCCGCGGCUUUUGUGGAGCGAUGGGUAACGAUGCUUCGUGGGUGUCAGUUGUCUAUGUGUGCAGAGGGUCCCUGGUUUGAGCCCAGGUUGGGGCAAGGGGACGGAUGAAAAUUAAACUGUUACAUGUGCACCUCGAAGUGGUAUGAAUUUAUAGUUGAAGGUUUCAGAUAAUGACACCGCCCUGCGACAAGACUGCUGUAAGUUUGUCAACUUUGCAUUCCUCUGUAUGAUAUUACAUGUAUGUUUGGUGCGCUCUUAGAUAUGUAGAGGUUUAUGGACUGAUACGUCAUUUGGAUGGCAUUCGUAUCACAAAUCACAUGACCCUGACCUGGGUCAAAUAUAAUAUGUCAAAUACAAGCUGCACUUGAUUUAGUAUUGUCACGUUCGUCGUAAUAAUGGUCGGACCAAAACGCAGUGCGAUAUGAGUUCCAUAUACUUUAUUAUUAGUGAAACUUAACUAAACAAUAAACGCACAAACUGUGACGACAGAGGUGCAAUGUGCACUAACUCCAAACAAUAUCCCAUAACACACAGGUGGAAAAAUACUACUUAAGUAUGAUCCCCAAUUAGAUGAUAGCUUGGGAAUUCCUCUAAUUGGGAAUCAUUCCAAAACCCCACAUAGAAAAUAUAAACUAGACGAAACCCCUAGUCACGCCCUGACCUACUCUACCAUAGAAAAAAAGUAUUUUGGUGGUGGUUCUGGUGCUGGCUGAAGAACCUGCUCAUCCUAUGGAUCCAGCCUUGGAACCAAGCUGAACACUGUACCAGGACUAGACCUCGGUGCAGAAGAAGACUCCUGCCAUGGAGCAGGA